UUCAAACAGGUUGGAAAAAUGAGGGGGUACAGAGCACCUGAUUUCAGCAGCAAGCACUGCUGAAAGUCUGCACUGGUAAUAGAAAAUUAGGUGAAGGAACAGAAAGCAAAGCAGUGCUUGUGUUUAAGGGCAAGAUCUGAAGCAGAUGAGAACAAAACUAUUGACAUCUGAAAACAGCACUCAUUCUGAAAAACCUCACUCUGACCAAUUUUCCUUGGUUUCACAAAAUUCUUUGCUUAGGAAUCAUACCAGGUAAAAGGGAUGUACUUCAUAAAUCAACACUUUUAAGUGAAUCCCCAGAAUAUACGCUUAUUGGCAAAGAAAAGCUCUGGUCCUAAAAUAAAUCAUUGUGAUCCAGUAAUCUCUUAAGACUUUGAGAGCUGCCUGACUGCAGCAUCACCAUUCUCUGGGCAAAUAAUUGGAGAAAUACAGGGAGACAUAGGGGAAACUAUCUUACAGAGAGGGGACAGUUUACAGGGAGUGGAGUAAUUUUAAUUUAUAUCCUAGCACACCAAAUGUAGAGUGUUUUCCAUCCUAUUUUAAAAGUUCAAGUGACAUGUAGCAUUGGAAAGAAAAAUGAAGCUUGUGUUCUCCAGCUCUCUUGUCCACUUGCUCAACAAUCCUGAAGUCAUGUCCUAGACCAGAGGCAAAGAGACAGCUGUGGGAUGACACAACACCAAACUUGGAAAAUUCUAAUUCCAGACAGGAUCUGAGGAUCAUUCUGUGGGAUUGAAGAAGUGCUCCAGCACGAUCCCAUUGCAAAUAGCAGUUGCAGAGUUCUUGAAUGAAUGAAAGGAGCAAGAUGACACUACAUCUGUAUAAACUAUUAGCUAGACAGCUAUUAUAAUAUAGUGCUGCUUUUAAAAGAAUGUUGGAAAGCCUGAAAGCUUCAGCAGUGGCAAGGAUGAUUUAUGGUAUGGAAAAACCUGACAUGUACAGAGCAGUAACUGUUCAUUCCAUUAAGUUUAACAAAUGUAAGGUUAAAGGUGACUUAGGCUUUGGCUAUAAUUAGCAAUGCAAGGACACUUUAUCUAGUAUUUCAGCACUUUCUAGUUUAUUGUCGUCAUACAAAACCACUGCAUUGCAAGACUGAUCUCUUUGCUCAAGAAGUGCAAAAAAUCCUGACCAGGCUUAGUGUUGUGGGAAAGGCUGAGCUUGAGUGUAUUUAUCAGAAAAUUUGCUGAUGGCCUGGGUAACAGGGGUGACUUAAUAAUGCUGAGUUUGGAAGCUUCACAGCUGUUUUUUUAAGGAAUCCAGCACUAAUAUUCCUCAAGGUCUAGGCAGUAAAAAAUGAGAAAGACAUCUGCAAUUGCAUUCAGCAUCAGUUCUGAAGGUGCCAAAUUUGGUGAAUAACCUUUUCCAGGAGAGAGCUGUUGUCACAUAGUGUGAUGAUAAUGCACAGUAGAAUAAAGGCACUUUUAGUGACUUUGAAGAAGCUGUCUGAAAGGUAAAUUUUCCAGUUCUAGAGCUAUUUUUAAUCCUAAAAAUCUCAGGAUAAGCUUGCUUCCCCAUAGCUGCUGAUAGCAGGAAAUAGCAUUAUGUGUUCUACUGCCUGAGCAGUAAUCACUGUCCUCUGUGUAGUACUCUCCCAUGCUAGUACAAACAGAGUAGUUGGACAUUUUUCCUCCUUAAGGAAUUAUACAAAGACAUUCUACUAGAAACCUCCAACAGCAAUUACUUUAGUCUGAAACUGUUAGGAAACAGAAAUUUUCAAAAUUCGAUAAUUUUUCCUGUUUAAUUUAUGAGACAUGAGUUCAGCAGAACAAUUCAUUGUGAAAUGAAGAAGUAUCCUAGGUACCUGUGAGUACAGGAUCACUCUGUCAAGUUUAGCAUUACAAGAGAUGCUUUCUUAUUCCUGCAGUGAUGUGCUAUUCAGGGUAUUUGGGCAUUAUUCUCUAUAAACCUUAAAACCCACACCAAAAAAUGUCCAGAAUUAAGGGGAAAUUAUAGGAUAAUUAUGCUACCUUCAACCAGCUGGAAAGCUUUGGCUGUCUUGAAAUAAUGUUUAUCCCAGAUCCAACAGCUCUCCCAGGCUUUUCAGUGCUCACCAUCCUGUUGCCACUUAUCCUCCUGCUCACCUAGUGGUUGCCCCAGAAAAAUAUCAGAAAGCCUACUUUGAUACCUUUUUAAAUCAUGAACUGCAAAAUGAGGUGCAGCAGAGAUCCAAGCAUGACUAUAAAUGUCACGCUUCAGAGCAUGGAAAAGCAUUUCUAGCAAUGGCUGUGUGGAAUUUUCCUGCAGAAAAUGGAGCAGGAACUGGAGAGCAAGGAUCUCUCUCACUGCUGUUGACUAAACAUAUGCUGUCCAUAUGUUGGAUGCAUCAGCUAGCUGGGGCUAAGGAAAAGCUGCAAUUGCUCCAGCUAGCUUUUUGUGCUAUCCGGAAUGAGCACAGUGUCAUUGGUGCUAAAUUAAAGAAGAAACACAGAGAGGCAGUCAUGCAGGGGUGAAUCCAUUCCGGAAGUGAUAGUGAUAAUUCAAGAAAUCUUUAGUGAUGGAUUCAGGCUUCACUUCCCAGACCUUUGUUCUUCCAAGCAAAGUUUGUUCUUUCACAUGAUGGACUCUGUUAACCAUACACACACAAAGUUCUUGUAUAACUAACCUGAACCUUCGACUUUAAAUAUUCUGCCAAGCCCUUUACAAGCCCCUUUCUCUUGAGGGAGAAGAUACGUUAUACUCAGUAAUGGAGCAAAACAACAACAAUGUAGAAGAUUUCUCCUUGAAUGUCUUUUCUGUCACUCCUUGUCAGCCAAACAGAUCUGAUGCCCUGGUGUCAGAUGGGGAUAAAGCUGGCACCACUCUGCUCUUUUCAGGUGUGUUUUUGGGACUGGUGGGGAUCACUUUCACUGUGAUGGGAUGGAUAAAAUAUGAUGGCAUUACUCACCUGGAGUGGACUCAGUUACUAGGGCCUAUUCUGCUGUCUGUCGGGGUAACUUUUAUUCUGAUUGCUGUUUGUAAAUUUAACAUGCUUACGUGCAAGCCCUGUAAAGAAAGAGAGGAAAAUACAUCGGAACUUGACCAGACUGCAAGCAGACAGUCCUUUGUCUUCACCGGCAUUAACCAGCCUAUAACUUUCCAUGGUGCCACAGUGGUACAGUACAUCCCUCCACCGUACCCAUCCCAGGAGGGCACUGCUGUGACUCCCGGCUACCUUCACCCAGUGCUCAGCUGCUGCGGGGCUGUUCCCCCCAGCACCUCACCGAUUCUCACCACAAGGUCUCCUCACUUAUGCCCUGCCUACGCCCUGGAUAACCUGGCUUUUAUUGAAGACGAGAACUACACUACUUAUCCUGCAGAGAAUUCCAGGAAUCAGAGGUCAGAAGACAGUUCUGAUGAACCAGAAGGACUGCUGGAAGACUAUGCCCAUAAUAACUUGUCUCCUCCACGCUAUGAGGAAAUAUACCCUCUGUCUUCAUAGAGACAACAAUCUUAAGAGAUGCCAGCAAGAAUCCCAAAAAAUCUUUUCUUUAAACACUUGUGUGAUAAGACAGUAUGAGCAAGAUCUUGGUAUUUAUAUACAAUUCAGUGUCACUGAAGAUAUUUAAUUGAUCCCUUCCUUUUUCUCUGUUAAAAUUUGUUAGCCCUUUACAAUGCAGCUUAAUAGCAGAGCUAUUAAUUAUUUAACAGCAAAACUAUUAAUAGCAAAGCUAUUGAACUCAAUUAUCUUAAUCCAUAUUAGGAUUCCCCAACAAGAAACUUGAUUUUCAGACUUGCUGGAAACAGUGUGAACUCUGAAUGCACAAAAUGUUUGUGGAAGGUCAUGAUUGCUCCUGGACAUUCAGCAUCUUUAGAAAAUCCUUGAUUUUUUCUUGAUGUAUUUUCCUUCUUGAUUGCUUGGGAAACUUCAAAAGUACUCAAGUGUCUGAUUCAUGAAAGUGUAUUUUAUGUCUUAAUUUUGUCUGAUUCUUUAGAAGAGCUCACUCAUUAAUAAGCCUAGUCUACAGAUGAGAUUUCCUCAGCUUGCUUUUUCUGGAGAACUCAAUACUGUUGCACAACCCAGUCCUGUAGGCAUUUUUUGGAGCAUCCUGCUUGAACCACAGCAUCUCAGAACAGAGAAAACAAAUUGUGACUUCUGCCUACUUGUACAUAGCAUCAAAUUCAGUUCCCUUCCCUGCCUGGUGGGAGGCAAAGCACGGUUUCCCACCAAGAGUCCUAAUAACUGAGGUUAAGUCACUAAAGAAAAAGGCAUUUUUCUGAAGCCUUGACAGAGGUGUGUGAUCCUACCACUGUGAAGGACUUCAGCAAUCACAGCUGCUGCACCCCUGCUCUGUAGGAGGGCUGUGGUGAAACACCUCUGCUGUUCUCUUCCUAUUUGAAUGUGGGUCUUAGGCACACAACCCAGGCUGCAGGUUGUCCCCAGAGUAUCUAGACGAUUGUGGGCUGUAGUAAACUUUCUUGCUCCAGUUCAGCUUGGUUCCAUGCACUGAAUCCACAACAAUUUGAGAUUAGCCCAUUUGAUUAGAGAAUGGUGUUGCUGAGCACCAGAACUGUGGGUUUGAUCCCUGUAUGGGGCAUUCACUUAAGAUUUGGUCUUCAUGACCCUUGUGAGUCCCUUCCAAUUAACAAUAUUCUGUGAUUCUGUGAAAUGUAUUUACAGCUAUAUUUAACAAAAGAUUAAGUGUAUUAGCUCUGAAAUUUUGUAGUCCAGAAGGAAGAUCCAAAAACCUUUGCUUAGGAGGUUUUUCAACCCCAGAGCAAUGGCAAUCCUGUGAGUCCCUACAUUUUUAUUUUGUUUUUCCACAUAUAUUUCAGAUUUUGCUUCUGAAUGUGCGCCAGAGCUGGACAAGCCAUUAUUUUUCUAUGAUAUGAUGAUCCCAUUAGGUUUGCUUAUCUCCUUCAGAGGGUUCAAACCAAAAGCUGAUCUCAGCUCUUACCUGCUGGAGUGGGCACCACACAAGAUGCCCUGGAGGGCAAUGGUCCCUGUCUGAAGUAACC